UUGACACGUUAUGGUUUGGAGCCUCAAAUUUCCUCCAACUUCCACUGUAAUUCGUCUCGUGCAUACAAGCAAUCUCAUAAUGAAACAAAUUUUAAAACCGCCGGAUAGUAUUAGGGGUAUGGUAGAAUUAAACAGACACUUAGUGAAGAAGUACGUAGAUGUUCCCUGUUUAUCAGUCAAAAAGGACUCACUGAAUUCAAUAGUACCGUUAGUAAAGAAAUUCUUUCUAAAAAUAGAAAAUUUCAAAUCUAUUCAGCAUAUAAACAAUGAAAAUGUGGAUUUGUAUUUGUCACCGGAGCUCGUUUCGGAAUGGUCCGAUUUACCCGAAGAAUUGCAUACUGUCAUUACGGAAAAGCGCAUUUCUAAAGAACAUUUCAGAGUUAUUAGAAACUUUCAGUUGAAUUACGAAAAUUUCACAGCGGACGAUUUACUAAAAGCCAUUCUUCCCGAAGAUAAAGAAGGUAUGUCUAGUUUCACAAAAAUCGGUCAUAUCGUACACGUAAACCUCCGAGAGCAUCUGUUGCCGUUUAAAAACGUAAUAGGAGAAAUCCUCUUCGACAAAAUACCCGGGUGCACGUCCGUUGUCAAUAAAGUCAACAGCAUCGACAACACCUACCGAAACUUCAGCAUGGAAGUGCUGAAAGGGACCGAAGACAUGCUGACCACAGUCAAAGAGAACCACUGCAGUUUCAAGUUCGAUUUCUCCAAAGUCUAUUGGAACUCGAGGCUGUGCACGGAGCACGAGAGGAUCGUGAAAACGCUGAAGGAAGCCGACGUUUUGUUCGAUGUAUUCGCCGGAGUGGGGCCGUUUUCGGUACCCGCAGCGCGGAAACGCUGUAUUGUGUACGCCAAUGAUUUAAACCCCGAAUCGUUCAAGUGGCUGCAAUACAACGCGAGUAAAAAUAAACUACCCGAUGAAUCCUUCAAAUCGUUCAAUUUAGACGGUAAAGAUUUCAUAAAAUCCGUAGUUAAAGAGUAUUUACCUCUGCAUCUGAAGGAUAUGCGAAAUAUUUAUAUUACCAUGAACUUACCCGCGUUGGCUGUGGAGUUUCUCACGCACUUCGAAGGGCUCUUUACGAACGAUGAAUUAUCGGAUUUCGAAAAUUGUCCGCAAAUUUUCGUAUACUGUUUCGUUAAAGGGGAAAACUACGUAGAGCUCGCCGAAAAUCUCGUAAAAAACAGUUUCAAAUGCGACAUAUCGGCUAAUAUACUCGAUAUAUUCAGAGUAAGAACGGUCAGUUCUUUGAAAGAAAUGAUGCGCAUUACCAUACGAUUAGAAAAAGACAUAUUAACAGGAGCUCGCAGGAAACGGAAGUUGGAAGAAAUUUCUGAUUCUGAAAUCAAAAAAAUCCGCUGCUUGCCAGAUAAUGGGCAAAAACAAGAAGAAGGCCGAUAGCGUGUUUAAAGUAGCCGGUGCUAAAAGCUUGAAGCUCAAAGCCAAGGCCAAGGCUGUGAAAUCGGAUUUAAAACAGGUAAUUAUUGAACUUGACACCUUCAUUUAGUCCAAGGUUUCUGUAUACAGAUAAUGUGCAAAUUUGUACGCAAUAUGGACGAUUCUAUGAGUUGAACAAAAAAGGUUAUUAAAAUAACAGUAGUUAGAGUUAGAAAGUUGCAAUCACACCAAUAUAUCAGUCUUUCUUUUUCCUUUAUAUUGAGACUUAUAGAAGUUGCCUCUGUUGCACCCAUAUUGCAAAAAUUUGCACUUAUGUGUAUAAAUUCGCUAAACAGAUGUCACGAUCUGAAAUUAUUGGAUACACUAAACAUGUAGAUGCAAAAUUUGUUUGCAAUGUAGGCUAUGGAUUCAACAAAGACAACUUCCGUUGGUCUCAUAUACAAGAACAAGAAAGAGUGAUUGAGUGCUUGCAAUUUUCACUCUGUCAUAUCUUACAACUGUCACUUUAUUAAUCUUUCCUUGUUCAACUCAUAGAAUUGACCAUACAGCAAACAAUGUUGCCUUUACCGAUCUGUCGAUUUUUAAUUUUUUUUAGAUAAAUAUCAAAAAUAAAACGG